UUCAUUUCCUUUCCUUUCUCCCCCAAACGCUAAACUCCAAGCAACUGCAAAACAACCACCGUUCCCUUCCAACCCGCGAAUCUUCUCCCCUCCUUCCCCACCGGACACGGCACAGGCGCAGGCGCAAUCAAAUCCUCCUCUUCGCCCCCGAAUCCCACCCCCGUCCGCGCCCAAACGGCCAAACUCCAUAGCUAGCUAGCCUCCUCGAGAUGGACGAGGACUGGGAGCUGCUCCUCGCGUCCCCCACGGCCGCCGGGGCGGCCGAGCCGUACGCCGGCGGCGUGGAGGACGACUCCGGCGCCAUCAAGCACGACUACUUCGACCUCGGCUCCGACGCCAAGUACCCUAGGAGGGCGUCCCUCUCGAAGGGGGACUCCGAGGAGGAGGUGGGGGAGCUCAUCGCGGACUCCGGCAGCGCGAGCUGGGUGGAGCCGGACCCCGAUGACCUCAUCUUCCCCAGCCGUGACCGUGCGGCGCUGUGGUCGGACUCGUCCUCGGACGGGGAGAGGCCCGAGGUCGAGCCGACCGAACCGGUGGAGCGGACCAGGGAGGAGGCCGGGGCCGAGGGGGCGGUGGCGAAGGGAGGAGGAGCGGUGCUGUGGUGGAAGCUGCCGCUGGACGCGCUGCGGUUGUGGGCCCUGCGCGCGGCUAGGAGCGCGUGGUCGGUGCCGUUUGCCGUCGCGCUGCUCGGCUUCGCCGUGCUCGGGCGGCGGCUGUACCGGAUGCGGCGCCAGAGCAAGGCCGUCGAGCGCGUCCGCCUCGUCUUCGACGAAAAGAAGGCAUCCCAAUUCAAGGGUCAAGCAAUGAUGCGGCGAGCUCCGAUCAUAAAGCCUAUGCUUCCUGCCAAUGGAGUGACUCCAUGGCCUGUGCUGGGGCACCUGUGAAUUGUGUCUUCAGUGACAUAGAGCUAAUAAUACAAUUGCCCCCAGCCACCCAGUGUCACUCUCCCUGCUAUUCGCUAGCAUACUAUGCAACCCCAAGCAGAUUUACCGGCUACUUGGAAUUUGAAAUUACACUGUUGUAGAACUCAUAAGUUCCUGCUCAUGUGCAAUGCUAUUUAGGCCUGCUUUAGUUGA